CAGCUGAUAUUCGGUAUCACGCAAUAUAUUUCUUCGAAUAAAAUUCACAUUGCUGAUGCAGGAUUUUAUUUGAAACAAAAAUUGAGAGUUUUUGUUUCGUUUUAAGCCAUGUAUAUGAACACAACCAUGGUGAAGCUCAUUAUUUGGGCUUGUAUUGUGGUUAUUCAUUGGUUUCCUACUCGAACCAAUGCCCACGGAAGACUAAUGGAUCCAGUGAACAGAGGGUCAGCGUGGAGAAAACGAUUCCCUGUGCCAGCAAAUUAUGAUGACAUGGGUAAUAACUGUGGAGGAUUUGGUAAACAAUAUGGUUAUAACAGAGGACAGUGUGGAGUGUGUGGAGACGAUUUUUCUCUUCCCAGACCAAGACCUAAUGAAAAUGGUGGCAAAUAUGGACGUGGUGUUAUUGUGAGAAGAUAUCAAGCAGGCGGUCCAAUACAAUUGCAAGUAGAAAUCACUGCCAAUCACAAGGGAUAUUUUGAGUUUUCCUUAUGUCCUCUAAACUCGCCUCAAGAUUUGGAAACGGAAGAAUGUUUCAAUGCUCAUCCAAUCUACUUGAAAAACGGUAAACGACAGUUUCCAGUAAGUGAAAAUUUAUACGGAAUCGUCAAUAUUUCGGGUUUUUUGCCACCAAAUGUCAGAUGCAAACGUUGUGUACUAAGAUGGCAUUAUCAUUGUGGUAAUAAUAUACCAUUAACUGGCAAUCAAGAGACGUUUAGAACUUGUUCAGACAUCACCAUUGAAUAAUUAAAAAUUUGAAAUGAAACUGUAUGCAUUAUAAAAUAUUGAUUCAACUUAAAAAUAAAUAUU